GUUCGGGCGAGAUAACGAGCGAGGAAAUAACCUCUUGACUCGAACCUCACGAAAGAUUGUCAGGUCGAUUCAUCGUUCCUUUCACGAAGCUACUCCUCUCAACACCAUACCUCCCAGCGUCAACGUCCUACCUCGACCUUGAAGCAACAGCACACGCACAAGCCCUCUUACCACCUACCUUGACGGAAAACAUAGAGCCUUCGCUCUACCCCCAAAAAUAAUCUCAUCAACAUGACCCGAAUUCUCCCCCUCCUUUCCAAGACCCUCGCCCGAGCCAGGAACUCGUCAUCUCCUUUCAAUCCCACCAACACGCUCAACCUGACCCGAACGCUCGCCACUCCGUCUACCCCUAAAGCGCUCUACACCCCUGUAUUGCCUCCUCAUGAUCCGGCGGCGUUGCACUUGAAGUCGGGACAGACGUACGAGGGGCAGGCGUUUGGGGCCAAGAGGAGCGUUUUCGGGGAGACGGUCUUUAGUACCAGUAUCACCAGCUACACGGAAUCGAUGACCGACCCGUCGUACCUCGGUCAGAUCCUCGUCUUCACCUCGCCCAUGAUCGGCAACUAUGGUGUACCCAAGAACCUCGCUAGGACCAACGAACCGGGGAUUCCUAUCCUCGAAUCUACGGGUAUUCAAUGUGCCGGUGUCGUCGUCUCGGACGUGGCGACCAAGUACUCGCAUCACGCCGCCAUCGAGGGGCUGCACGAGUGGUGUGCCAGGUACAACGUACCCGGUAUUUCUGGAGUUGACACCAGGGCGAUCACGACUCUGCUCCGUGAUCAGGGGACUACGCUCGGACGUCUAGCCAUCGGCGCGGAAGACGUCGCUCAACCCCGCCCGGCUGACCACGAGUACUGGGACCCUUCCAAGGACAACCUCAUCGCCCAGGCUUCCACCAAAGAAGUCUACACCCUCAACCCGGAUGGGGACGUUAACAUCGCCCUCCUCGACUUUGGCGCCAAGGCCAACAUCGUCCGUUCCCUCGUCAGGCGUAACGCCCGUGUCACCAUCCUCCCCUGGGACUUUGACUUUAACACCGUCCGGGACCAGUACGACGGGCUCUUCCUCUCCAACGGCCCUGGAGACCCUAAAUCCAUCAUGGACACGGCGAUGAGGGUCAGGAAGACCAUCGACGAGUGGAACAAGCCGAUCUUUGGGAUCUGUAUGGGUCAUCAGAUCUUGGGGCUCGCUGCGGGUUUGGAAGCGUACAGGAUGACGUUUGGGAACAGGGGACAUAAUCAGCCCGUGCUCGCCCUCGCCAAUUCGGGAAGCAUCAAGGCGGGAAGGGUUUACGUUACGUCGCAAAACCACCAGUACGCGCUCAAGUUGACCGAAAACUUCCCCGAGGGAUGGGCUCCCUUCUUUAUCAACUGUAACGACUCUUCGGUCGAGGGAAUCAUCUCGACGCCCGAAUCGGGUAAACGAAUCUGGGGUGUUCAGUUCCAUCCCGAGUCUGCUGGAGGUCCUUUGGAUACCAUCGAGAUGUUUACCGACUUUGUCGACGAGUGCCGAGCGGGCUCCAAGGCCGGUAACAAGGGAGGCAGGAGUAGCUUGAUGGUCAACAAGUCGGACUCGGCCGUUGUUGAUGCCGUCAAGGAGGUCGCUGUGACCGCUUAAUCCCGGGAAGGAACACCUUCUACUCGAUUGCUCAUAUAUAGAGAUACAGAAGGGGAAGAGGGCUUCAUGGUGGGAUGCAGCUUGUAUAUAUUUUAUCGCCGGGGUUUUCUUCCCUUGAUGAUGACACGGGGUUAUGACGAUCGAUAUAUCGGACCGAUCCGCAUGGUCCGUACAUUUCUUAGGGGA